GAUUGUACUUAUGUAUCUGCCAGUUGAGGAUUGAGUGGAUCAAGGACUUAUACGUCCCUGAGUGGAUCAAAACUUAAAAUAUCCAAAUGCUCCAUUUCACUCAAAAGUAUAAUAAAAUGGUAUGGAGAAAGAAUAUACUGAUAUAAGUGCACAGUACAAAUGUGAACAAUGCGGACAAUACUUUGAUGAUUGUGACAUUUCAAAAAGACACGAAAAUGUUUGUAAGCAGUACCACAAUGACAUAAAUACACAAAGUAUCAAUCCCGAUAUCAAAGAAGAUAUGCUUUCCUCCAAAUCUCAUAUGUCAACUUUCACUUUAUCCAAAAACUUAGUGAUAAUAAGCACCGGAUUUUUACUUCUUUUUACAUCUUUUAAUUCAUUAUCUAAUCUCCAAAGUACGUUAAAUAAAGAAGAAGCAUUAGGGACGGUUGGAUUGUCAGUGAUUUAUUGCGCCGGUGUUCUUUCUUGUUUAUUUCUUCCUUCAUUUGUUAUUGGAAAUCUCGGGUGUAAGUGGACGAUAGCUUUAUCUAUGGUGUGUUAUGUAAUUUACAUGGGAGCUAAUUUCCGUGCCUUAUGGGGAACAAUAGUACCGGCAUCAAUAAUAAUUGGCAUUGGAGCUUCAACAUUGUGGUCGGCUACGAGUACAUACUUAACUCAGAUAGCGAUAAGGUAUGCUGAAUUGACAAAAAGAACAACUGAUGAUGUCACAAAUACCUUUUUUGGCUUUUUCUUUAUGUUUUUCCAGACUAGUCAGAUUUGGGGAAAUUUUAUUUCAUCAACUGUUUUUAAAACAAAAUCCAGUAAUGAUACUCAAAUUAAUUUGCAUCUAUGUGGAGCUAAUUUCGAUCCGAAAUUACCAACAAAUAGCUCCAAUUUGGCCAGACCUAGUGAUACAAAGGUUUAUAUGCUUUGUAGUAUUUAUUUGGGUUGUGCAUUCCUGGCGUUUGUUGUCAUAGCAACAUUUUUGGAUAACAUAAAUCUAGACGUACGCAACAAUAAUAUAAAGAGAAAAAUAUCACUAUCAGUAGUAAUGUCUACAUUUAGACAUUGGUGGAAUUCUAGACAACAGAAGAUGCUAACCAUACUUACUAUCUAUAGUGGCAUUGAAGUAGCUUUUAUAACUGGAGAUUAUACAAAAUCAUACGUUAGCUGUGCAUUGGGUAUACAGAAUAUAGGCAAAGUGAUGAUUUGUUUUGGAGCCGUAAAUGCUGUAUGUUCGUUUGUAUUUGGACGCCUAGUACGAACCACAGGACAUACUCCAUUGUUUGUUCUCGCUUUCAUAACCCAUGGAACCACUCAGAUAGCACUACUUUUCUGGAAACCACAUCCUGACCAUUAUGUAUGGUUUUAUGUAUUCGCAGCCUUCUGGGCUAUUGGAGAUGCUGUAAUGCAGUCACAAUUAAAUGCGUUUUAUGGUUAUCUAUUUCACAAAGACAAAGUAGCUGCCUUUUCUAACAGGGGAUUGUGGGAAUCAGUAGGUUUUAUUAUAGCUUUUGCUUGGAGUGGGUUCUUAGUCACCUAUGUUAAACUAGGACUGUGUUUAGGAUUUUUGAUCUGUGGGAUGACACUUUAUAUACUGGUGGAUGUUCAAGACAGACAACAGAGGAAACAAGUUACAAUUGAUGAGGACAUAAUAGCAUUACUCAAUACCGAUUAAGUUCGGCAUUAAAUAUUCAAAAAAUAAACUUUUUAAGGUUAUCCUUUUCUUGACCUCUAGAUCUGUAAACAUAAAUAAGCUGUGAAAAUAAAAACAAAACAAUAUAUAUUGUCCCUAAUAUCUUACAGGCAAAAUGAUCCACGUUCUAAUAUAUGUUGUUGCUUCUGUGUUUGACUCAUAGGCAAGAAUUU